CAAACGAAACGAGAGAUCGUUCUUGAGAUUCCUUUGAAAACACGUGUAACAGCCAACGUGCCAUUCGUACGUUGUCGUCUAUUUGUAUGAUGUCCUAAUUAUUGCCGACUCGAUAGAUCAAGCUCUAAAAGUAUUGCACACUGUACUAGAUACCCUUGUAAAAGCCGGAUUCUCCUUUAACUUUUCAAAAUGUUCUUUUCUGAAGGCAUCGGUACUCUAUUUGGAAUAUGUAAUUUACGAUGGAGAAGUUCGUCCCAAUCCGGGUAAAAUGCACGCCUUGAGUUCUUUACCUGCGUCAACGACCGUCACACAGCUCAGGCAGUUCAUAUGUUUAGCUCUUUAUUUCCGAAAAUUCGUCCCUAAAUUUUCACGGGUAAUGAAACCCUUGUAUGCGCUUACUUCCGAUAAUAAAAACACGACUUGGACAGAUAGGCAUGGAAAAAUAAGGCAAAAGGUAAUUUCCGCCCUGACCGACGCGCCGGUGUUAAUGGUAUUUGACCCGAACUACCCGAUAGAACUUCGUAUCGACGCUAGUUCGGAUGGAUAUGAGGUUAUUUUAAUGCACAAGAUUGAAGGUAAAAAUAGAGUAGUGGAAUAUUACAGUAAAAGGACUAGCCCUGCGGAAUCUAGAUAUCAUUCCUAUGAACUAGAAACGUUAGCGAUUGUAAACGCCGUCAAACAUUUCCUUCAUUAUCUACACGGACGAGAAUUUCUUGUCGUCACUGAUUACAAUUCCUUGAAGGCAUCCAGCAAUAAAGUACAUUUAAAUGAUAUGGUUUACAGGUGGUGGGCUUACUUACAAACCUUUACCUUUGACAUUAUGUACCGGAAAUGUAAACGAAUGGCCCACGUAGACUUCUUUUCGCGAAACCCCGUAGACUUGGAUCGCCGUACGAUCAGCAAAGCUACAGAGAGAGAAAUCAAUCUGGCCGAAAUCUCCGAAGAUUGGCUAUUAACGGAACAACGUCGCGAUCCCCAAAUUACAGAAAUCGCCACAACCGGUGCUAGUAGGGCCAAUGGACAGGUAGAGCGUAUUAUGGGUACGCUAAAAAAUAUGUUCACAACAAUAGAAACGACCGGGCGGUCUUGGCAAGACGCGAUCGGGGAAAUACAACUGGUUUUAAAUUGCACUGCCAACCGCGUGACUAAGUCGAGCCCAUUAGAACCACUAAUCGGUAAAACAGCAAGACCCUACGGCUUAUCCCUACCCGACAAUAUCGAAGAAAGAGAAGUAGAUAUCUCCCAUGUAAGACAGCAGGCGAUAAAGAAUAUAGACGCUAGCUGCAAAUACGAUAAAGAUAGGAUCCUAGUUAAUAAUAAAAUUAUCAUUGCAAGACACGUAGAAUUUAUAGGUGAAGAUGAUAAUUUAGUAGGAUUUCAAGGAGAAGAUGAAUCAGACAAUGAAAGAGAAAAGGAUUUUGACCAACAUUCGGAUUCAAACGAAAUUCAUGAAAAUGAAAUAAAUGAGGAAAAGGUCGAGCAGAUUGCAAUAAAAGAGGAGAGAAAUUUAAGUAACGAAUCAGAAAGAAAACUUGAGGACACAGAAAAUAAUUUGAAAAGGUCAGGACGGGAGAGAAAGAAAUCUGAAAGAUAUGGCCAAACUAGCUCAUAUUUCAUUUAUGUGAAUGUAGUUAGCGCAGACAGUCCUCAAACCUAUGAAGAAGCUUUAAGUGGAGAUGCGAGCGGUUCAUGGAAAGAAGCAAUGGAUCGAGAAAUGAAUAGUUUAAUCAAAAAUAAGACCUGGAAAUUAGUAGAGAAACCAAAAGACAAAAAAGUAUUAGACUUGAAAUGGGUAUAUACGAAUAAAUCUGAUAAUCGUAAGAAAGCGCAACUAGUUGUUCGAGGCUUCCAACAAAAGGAAGUACUGGAAAAUUUAUACUCUCCAGUGGCAAAAAUGCAAACGUUGAAGUUAUUACUAUCUUAUUGCUGUCAAUAUGGUUUGACAAUUACGCAAAUGGAUGUAGAAACAGUUUUCCUAAACGGAACUAUAAAAUCGGAAGUAUUUGUAAAACAACCUGUAGGUUACGACGAUAAAAGCGGGAAAGUAUGUAAAGUAUAUGAAAAAACUAGGAUUUCAAAGAAACAACUUAUUAACAUGUGGAAAAAAAAGAAAAGAAAAAUCGAUGAAAUUAAAAACACAUUGUCAAACAAAUUUGGGAUGAAGGACUUAGGUGAAGCAAAGAUUUACAUAGGAAUAAACAUUGAAUACGAUUAUAAGAAGUGUGAGAUAAAAUUAGAUCAAAGUAGUUAUAUAGAGUUAUUAGCGAAACAAUAUAAUAUAGAAAAUAGUAAACUAUAUUUUACACCAAUGGAACAAAACUUAAGUUUAGCACCCGCACAAUCAGCCUCGGACGAUAUAAGAUAUAGAAAUCUCACAGGAGUUUUAUUAUAUAUUAGUACUGGAACAAGAUUAGACGUUAGCUAUAGUGUAAACUAUUUAAGUCGAUUUCAAAACAGUUACCACGAGACCCACUAUAAAUAUGCAUUGAGAAUUUUGAAAUACUUACGUUCGUUCAUUAAAUAUGCCUUAGAGAAAGAACGACUAAUAUUGGAAGUAAAGAGGAAAAUGGAUGAAGACGUGAGGAUACAUUUGAUUGUCAUUGGAUUACCUAUCGAUAUCGAAGAUAAAAUCGAGAAAGUGUACAAUCAACAAAUGACCUAA